AUGACCAUCCGCAUCAACCCCUACAUCGGGUGGUGCAAGAGCUGGGCCCAGGUGGCGAACAUGAGCGCCGCCCAGGACGCGCCGUGGGUAUGGUCGCCUGCUUUUCCGGGCAGUGGAAGAUCUACUGCUUCGGGAAGGAGAGUCGAUGUCUUGGCGCUCUAUCCGGCGCCCAAUGGCAAGGCGCCCAUGUUCUGGAGCGCCAUGGGGUUCCACGAGGCGGACGGCAGCUUCUUGCCCCCUGAGGACCUUCUGCCGUUCAACCGCGGUGGGCCGCUAUGGCCAGAGGUUACGGGCAACAAGCCUUUGGCUCGCUUCGAGAAGCGGAUCGCCACGACGGAAGCGGUGAGGAGGAGCCCCUCAGAACUUCGGUUUGGGGAGCUGAUCGGGCAAAUUCGCCCGCACGUGUGGCUGGAGGAUAUGUGGCGUCCAAAUGGCUGUGUCAACAUGGCAACAGUCCGCUUGGAUGAAUUGCCUCCGAUGCCGAUCAGUUCCUCUGCCCCGCCCAAGCCAACGCCCCCCCAGCCCAAAGUCAAGGCUGAGCGGAAGCCCAAGCCGCUACCGCCGCGGCGCCAGCAGCCGCCCCGCGCGUGCAAGCCGGUGCGCGAGGUAGCGGUUCCGCCGAGGCGUGCGGCGCCCGCGCUCGAGAACGAGGCGAAGAAGCAGCGCUUGGCAUCUGCGCCGGUGCCCGCACCGCCGGCCAAGGGCCCCCGUGCCCGGGCCGAUGCCCGGGCAGCCCCGUUGCCGCAGACGAUUCAGACGACUCCGGUGCAGCGCACGCGCACCCCACGAGCACAGCUGUCGCCGGGAGUGACGCCGAGCCUGCCAAAGCGCAGGGCAGAGGUUCUGACGCCGGAGCCGGUCCGCCCGACCUCCGUGGCCCCCGUGGCCCCCGUGCUGCUGGCUGGGCAGUCUCUGCUGAAGCGGCGCCGGGUGGAGUUGCAGUGA